AUGCCGGAGCCUGGGCCGGACGCCCCCGGCGCUGCCAGCGCGCAGCCCCCACAGCCACCUCCCCCGCCGCCCGCACCCAAGGAGUCCCCGUUCUCCAUCAAAAACUUGCUCAACGGAGACCACCACCGGCCGGCCCCCAAGCCGCAGCCGCCCCCACGGACGCUCUUCGCGCCGGCUUCGGCCGCUGCCGCCGCUGCCGCGGCCAAGGGGGCCCUGGAGGGCGCCGCGGGCUUUGCGCUCUCGCAGGUGGGCGACCUGGCUUUCCCUCGCUUUGAGAUCCCGGCGCAGAGGUUUACCUUGCCCGCGCACUACCUGGAGCGCUCCCCGGCCUGGUGGUACCCCUACACCCUGACCCCCGCCGGCGGCCUCCUCCCGCGACCCGAAGCCUCGGAGAAGGUCAUCUUACGAGACUCCUCCCCUGCCUCGGGCACCGACCGCGACUCCCCCGAGCCGCUGCUCAAGGCCGACCCGGACCACAAGGAGCUGGAUUCCAAGAGCCCGGACGAGAUCAUCCUGGAGGAGAGCGACUCGGAAGAAGGCAAGAAGGAGGGCGAGGCGGCGCCGGGCGCGGCGGGGGCGAGCGUGGGCGCGGCUGGGGCGCCGGGCGCCGAGGACUGGAAGAAGGGCGCCGAGAGCCCCGAGAAGAAGCCGGCGUGCCGCAAGAAGAAGACGCGCACGGUCUUCUCGCGCAGCCAGGUCUUCCAGCUGGAGUCCACCUUCGACAUGAAGCGCUACCUGAGCAGCUCGGAGCGCGCCGGCCUGGCCGCGUCGCUGCAUCUCACCGAGACGCAGGUGAAGAUCUGGUUCCAGAACCGCCGCAACAAGUGGAAGCGGCAGCUGGCGGCCGAGCUGGAGGCGGCCAACCUGAGCCACGCGGCGGCGCAGCGCAUCGUGCGGGUGCCCAUCCUCUACCACGAGAACUCGGCGGCCGAGGGUGCGGCGGCGGCGGCGGGCGCUCCAGUGCCGGUCAGCCAGCCGCUGCUCACCUUCCCUCACCCGGUCUACUACUCGCACCCGGUGGUCUCGUCCGUGCCGCUGCUGCGGCCCGUCUGA